AGGCAGCAUACUGUUUAUCUCGACAUCUCAAAGCGUAAGGCUAGCGUCGUGCCUUGGCCAUGCAUUGCGUCUGCAAGUAGAACGAGUGCAAAGCAUCGUCCAGUAGCAAAUACUUGAUGCAGGGAAAAAAGUUACUCGGUUAAGACGCACGUAGAGACUGAAAGUCGGUCAAGGUCUGCAGCUCCCAUUGUCGAGAUCGGGGAGCGAUGGCUACACAUAGCAUGCAACCCACGCCGAAUGGGCCUUGAUCAAGCCAUGGAGAAGGAGGGAUGCGUGCCGCCGGUGUGCGUCCCGCGCCCAGCGCCAACUAUUCAGCUGUGUCCUCACAUGUGGCCAUCUCGCCCUCCGGCUGUAGAUAUCGAGGCCUUCUACCAAGGCGGAGGAGGAGGAGGAAAAGAAGAGGCAACACGAGAAAAGUCCCGUCCAACCCGACCAGUCGCAGAUUGGCCAAGCCUUUGCGGAGGCGCUGUCGGCGCCGGCGCCGACAAUCCCUCGAGGGGGACGUGUCUAGUCCCUCGGGAGAGCGAGCUCACGCACGUAUAUCGGGACGUUCUGGGCCUGCCUGUUUCCUGCCUAAAUGGUCUCUCCCGAGAGUGUGGUGACCUAUUAUCAAGGAACGGGGAACGCCACAUUUUGCUUGUAUUGAGGUGCCUUGCUUGGCCGUCAGACCUCCGACCUCCGACCUCACGGCCCUCUCUCUUUCUCUCUCUUUCUCGCUGCCUGCUCGUAUCCCGCAAGGUCACCACUGUGCAGCCCACGCCAUACGCGCAUGCAGCGCUGGUGUUGUGAACCCCGACUGGAAAAACUAAAAAGCUCAGUGUCCAAAUGGGCCUGCACGGUGAUGGGGUGACACAUCCAUCCAAACCCUCCUCUUCGGAAAGAUGGCGAAUCACUUAUGCGCCCUGGCGACGGCGGCGCGACGCAAGGGCAUGACCACUCCCUUACAUGCAUCCCAUCCUCUCGAAGCGCACAUUAUCUACGGAGUACGCAAGUUAAAAAAGAGACGUGUGUUUCACGACAUGCCAAACCACAUGUACAACAUCCGCCCCCGUCAAUCACCUCGCAUUAGAUCGGGGGAUGAUAUG